UUUUUUAACAAUUAAUUUUAAAAUAAAAAAAUAAAACAUCAAAACUCAGUACAACAGCUCCGUCAAAUCAAACCUUCGUUGGCACUGAACUCAACUCGCCGGAGAACGCAUCGGAGUUACUCGGCGGCCGCCACAUCCAGCGACAAACUCCGUCCAGAAUCAUGGCUAGUUCAGCUGAAGAUCGCAAGGAGCCAGUAAAUGAACAAGCAGUUGCAAAUACGUAUGCAGCUAUGAGGUCCGAACUCAACCAAAUUUACACCAAAAUAACUGAACUGGAAAUGGAAGUCAGCGAGCAUUCGUUGGUUCUUAAUGCCAUUCAGCCACUUGACCAAUCUAGACGAUGCUACCGAAUGAUUGGAGGGGUGCUUGUGGAGAGAACCAUCAAAGAGGUCUUACCUGCCGUGCAGCGAAAUAAAGAAGGACUUGAAGAGGUCGUUGCAAGGCUUAAUGAGGCGUUGGAAAGGAAGAAAAAGGAUAUUGCUGAGUUUGAGACUAAAUAUAAAAUCCGAAUAAGGAAAGGCGAUGCUGACGUGAAAGAUGAAUCUGGUAAGAAGGAAGGUUCUGCCCAAGGAGUACUUGUGGGCCCCGCCGGUGGCAGUGAUUGAUAUUUCUUGUCUUAUUCUGUUUCCUCAAAUGAAUGACAUGAAAUUUUCUAUCCUCUUUUAGAGUUAUUGUUGUGGUUGUAUGAUGGUUUGUUUUUGUAGAGGUAUUAGUCUAAAACUUGAUAUGAUCUGCAUUUUAAUUGUUUUCAGCUGAAGCAAACGGAUCUUUAAUGGUUCAAGAUUCAAAUGCUCAUGUAGAUUUUUGUAUGCACUACAACAUAUAUUAUCUAGAUUAAAUUGUUUUUUA